AUGUCGCAGUCGAGAAACUUGCCGUGCUUAACCAGCUACGAAAGCUCCAACCUUAAACUGACAAUGGGUCGAAAACGCAGAAACAGCGAAGUGCUAUGCGAUCGAACAGAGGAGUUCAUUCAGCGCACCAAGAAAGCUUGGCAAACGUUCUUUGACGAGUACGAAAACUAUAAAUCAGACGACGACGACGUCAAAGACUGCACUGAUUACAACUCGUUUUUCGAGGACGACGACGCGUACUACACGAAUGAUGACGAGGCCAGUGACGUGUUGUCGGUAUACUCAGAGGAGGAAGUCGACGAAGAUGGGGAGGCAGACUGCCAACACGUCAAGAACGACGAGAGAACGUUGGUUCAGGUUCAGGAGGAUUCGGAUUUAACGCUGUGCCCCUUCUCCGUUCGUAACUGCUCAGCUUCCAGCAGACAACGAGACAUGGAAAAGUUGCACGUCAGGAACAUCGUCUUCUCAUCAUUCGGGUGCAGUUCGUGCAACUGUGGCCAGAGCGUGAUGCAGUGCCUCUCACAGGUCGCUUCCUACCUUUGGGUGACACGGGACACGAUAAAACCAAACUGCAGUAUUUCUCCAUUUUGUGAUCGAAGGUUGGAUGAAAGCGGAAACUUUUCGCCAGGCAUUUCGACGUGUAGAAGCUGGAAAAGCACCGACUCCAUUGUAAAUGGUGAACUGUCGACAGAAGAGAAGCUACAUGUUAUGGUACCGUACUCUAAAUCAGCAUGUCUGAAGCGACUAGAAGGUUGGAUCGCCAAUUGUUAA